AAUAAGUGAAAAAAAGAAGCUAUACUUAAUUAAAUAUUUAAAAAAUUAAAUUAAAUUUAUUAAAAAAAAAAAUUAAUUUUCAUUUCCCUAACAAAUAGAGGAAUUCUAUAUUAACAUUAAAAGUAUAUUUUAUAAAUUUUGAAUAAAUAUUAAAUAUAAAGUUAUUUUGUACAAAACAAUUCUUUUUUUCCACAAAAAAAAAACAAUAAAUCAAAUAAAUAUUUUAUACAGAAUGCCAUCACAAAUUGGAACAACAAUCUUUUUAGCUUUUAUGCUUUUCGUUACAAUUACUCAAUCAUACCAAGCAACUACACCAACAUUAUGUGAACCUGGUGUAUUGGAAGAGAUGCCACAACAUAUUAAAAAAGUUUGCAUUGCUUUAGAAAAUUCCAAUCAAUUAUCUAAUGCAUUAAAUGCCUAUAUUAAAAAUGAAGCACUAAUGUUAAAAAGUGACGAUUUAUUAACAGCAAACAAUGGAAAGAGAACUGAUGUUGAUCACGUUUUCUUACGAUUUGGUAGAAGACGUUAAAAAUCUUCAAUAAAAUAAAAAAAAAUUAUGCUUAAUUUGAUUUAAUCCUAAUAUCAAUAUGAUUAUUAUUGUUUCUCUUUUUUUUAAAUAGAUUAAAAAAGUUUAUAUUUAGUUGUAAAAAACAAAAUUUAAUGAAUUCAAUAAUUUAUACCAUCAACAAAUUAAGUAUUUGUUUAAAAUCAACGAAACAUCCUGUAAUGUAAUGUAAUGUAACGUAAUGUAAUCUAAUGUAAUGUAAUUUUUAACGCAAAUAUAAAAAAUAAUUCUGAGACCUUUUUUUAUUAUUUUUAAUAUUUGACAAAAGACUUAUGUUUAUGUAAAACAUAAAAAAAAUGUCAGUACAUAAUAAUAAUA